UAUACAUCCAAAGUCAUGGACUCAACGAUUCUUGCUUUCUUCUUCAUUGCUUUUGUUUCUACUACAACAAAAGCUUUUGAUCCAUGUCCCUCUUUGAAACCAAAAUCGGACGGCUCGGAUCUUUCCAUCAUCCAUAUCUAUGGCAAAUGUUCACCGUUCGACUCACCAAAACCAACUUCGUGGGCCACCACGGUCCUCAAUAUGGCCGCCAAAGACCCUCAAAGACUGACUUACUUGUCGAACAUGGUUGCCACAAAGCCCGUUUCUUCAGUGCCAAUUGCACCGGGCCAAGUAAUAAAUGUUGGUAAUUAUGUGGCCCGUGUGAAAAUUGGUACACCCGGUCAACUCAUGUUCAUGGUGUUGGACACCAGUGCAGACACUGCCUGGGUACCAUGUACUGGUUGUACUGGUUGUUCCUCAACUAUGUUCUCCCAAAACAUGUCAACCACUUACGGCUCACUGGACUGUGCCACUUCUGAGUGUGUGCAAGCUCGUGGGCUAUCAUGCCCAACAGCCGGGCCCACAAAUGGUAAUUGCUUAUUUAACCAAUCGUACGGUGGUGAUUCCUCAUUUUCUGCUACACUCUCCCGUGACUCUCUUCAAUUGGCCAAUGACAUAAUCCCUAGUUAUGUUUUCGGAUGCAUUGGUGGUGUCUCAGGGAACUCGAUUCCUCCUCAAGGGUUGUUGGGCUUGGGUCGUGGAUCCAUGUCACUGCUUUCACAAUCUGGAUCGCUUUAUUCCGGUGUAUUCUCAUAUUGUUUGCCUAGUUUUAGAUCCUAUUAUUUCUCAGGCUCACUUAAACUAGGUCCAAAUGGCCAACCCAAAACCAUCAAAUUCACCCCACUUCUUAAAAACCCUCAUCGGCCUUCGUUAUACUAUGUGAACCUCACUGGAAUAAGUGUGGGUCGAGUGAAUGUACCCAUAGCUCCAGAGUUGCUUGACUUCAAUCCAAAUACUGGAGCAGGAACCAUUAUUGAUUCCGGAACAGUUAUAACCCGAUUUGUGCCUGCAGCUUACAAUGCAAUCAAAGAGGCAUUCAGAAACCAAACUCAAGGCCCAUUUUCUUCGUUGGGCGCAUUUGACACAUGUUUUUCAGUGACGCAUGAAAACGUAGCCCCAAAGAUGACAUUUCAUUUUACGGGAUUAGACAUUGUUUUGCCCAUGGAGAACACGUUGAUACAUAGUAGUGCUGGGACGCUCGCUUGCUUGGCAAUGGCAUCGGCCCCUGAUAAUGUGAACUCGGUGUUGAACGUCAUCGCCAAUUUGCAACAACAAAAUCUAAGGAUUUUGUUUGACGUUGCCAACUCUCGUGUCGGAAUUGCUCGUGAAAUAUGCAACUAGGUGUUUGUCCUUGCCGUAUUUGAAGUUGGAUGAAUAUGUUAUGAACUAUAUAUAAAAUGUCUUCUCUAGCUCUUGUAUCACAUUGAACCCUUUCAAUAUGUAUUUAUGUGUAUGCAUGUUGUUUUAACUAUAAUGUUAUUUUAUUUU